UUUGUGGAGCAAGCAUGAAUGGUGCCGCGUGAUACACGUGGUGCUCCAAUGCCACUUGAUCUUUGUCCCCACCUUCACCGGAACUUCUUCCAGGUCCCCAACUACUCACCAGCACACGCAAACGCAAGUCGCAAAAGUCACACUCUCUGACCGAAGAGGAAAACUUUCCCGGUAAAUACGAAGGGAAAUCAGCACACAGCGCCUGAGCGUCUUACUCCUUACGUUCUCAGUAACCAAACACAAACACGUACAGUCAACUCUCUCUCUCUCUCUCUCUUUCAUCGGGGCCUGACUGGGAUGCCAUGACUUGAACGACUGAGUAUAGCGAAGAGAGUGGGUUGGGAGAUGGGAGCGGCGGUGUCGGGUCUGGGGGACGGGGCGAACGGGUCGGGUAUAGGUCCGGGUCUGGGUGACAUACCGGAGAGCUGCGUGGCGUGCGUGUUCAUGUACCUGACACCGCCGGAAAUUUGCAAUUUGGCGAGGCUGAACCGCGCGUUUCGGGGCGCGGCGUCGUCAGACUCGGUCUGGGAGUCGAAGCUGCCGCCGAACUACCAAGAUCUGCUCGAUCUGUUGCCGGCGGAGCGGCACCAGAACCUGUCCAAGAAGGACAUCUUCGCGCUCCUUUCUCGCCCCGUGCCCUUCGAUCAAGGCAAUAAGGAAGCGUGGUUGGAUAGGGUGACGGGAAGGGUUUGCUUGGCAAUAUCGGCGAGAGGCAUGGCUAUAACCGGAAUUGAUGACCGGAGAUACUGGAAUUGGAUUACUACCGAAGAAUCUAGCCUUGGAGGGUUCACAGGUUGGUGUCUUAUGGGCUUGCCUGCUUUGUGCAACAUUCUUUGUACUUGCCCUUCUGGAAUAGUAAAAGCAUGGUUCAAUAUUGUGGCCUAUUUGCAGCAAAUAUGGUGGUUUGAAGUAGAUGGGCUGGUAAAGUUCCCCUUUCCUGCUGAUACUUAUACUCUGUCAUUCAGACUUCAUCUUGGAAGGUUUUCCAAAAGGCUGGGACGACGUGUGUGUACCUUUGAGCACACCCAUGGUUGGGAUAUAAAGCCAGUACGAUUUGAAUUUUCUACUUCGGAUGGUCAGCAGGCAUCAUGUGAGUUCUGUUUAGAUGACACUGAACAUGAUGAUGCCAAUGGCAAUCAUAAGCGUGGAUGCUGGAUAGAUUACAAGGUAGGUGAAUUUGUUGUUAGUGACUCGGAACCUGUGACUGAAGUCAGAUUUUCCAUGAAACAGAUAGAUUGCACACAUUCUAAAGGUGGGCUUUGUGUAGAUUCUCUAUUUAUUAUCCCCAGUGAUUUAAAAAAGCAUAAAAGAAGAGGGGUUUUGAAGUAACCAUAGACUUAACAGUGAAAUUGUUUAGUGAUGUCAGUCGUCCCAGAGGACUUUAGAUGUGAUUUAAUAUACAGCUUAUACUUCUGAAGGCAUUUUUUAUUUUGAAGGAAGUCAUCUUUGUAGGUUUUUGCCGUAGGUAUUUUGUCCUCUGUGGUUAUGUAAUUCAAAUUUGUGUAUUCCAGUUUUGUCUGUCUGUAUGUAUUACCUUUGCCUACAAGAUUAUGAAAACAUGCGAUGGCUUCUUUCCUUUGAUUGUGCCAGGCGCUUUCUAUUA